CCGAAGACCAACGGCCAGAAGAAAGGAACAGUUUGUCCCACCGGCGUUUUAUUUAGCAGUAGAAGGUCGUCGGCAGCUGGGCGGUAUUUGACGAAACUUAAAACCGAAACUAACACAAAUAAUAUAACUUUGCAGCACGUUUGGGUCCUGAGAGGUGGAGUGAUGUGAGUAUUGCUGAAAAAAUAGAGGAACGCGGCUGUACGUCGCGUUUGUUCGGACUCGUUAUGAAACCCUGCUAGCUAGCUAACGUUAGCUAGCAGUUAACUGCCGUAACUAACGUUAGUUACGUUGACAACCGGUGAAAGCUGGUUAUUCUGACAAGUCGUAACGUUACGGGCGUAAGCAGGGACUGAAACCCCGGUGUCAGCCUCACAGACCCAGCCAGGACCUAACCCAUUUGAACGGAGUGGCUGGGUUGAUGGCAGCCACGGCCAGUGCCCGGAGGUUACCCAUGGGUGUGCGGACGUUCAGUGACUAUCUGCAGAUUGCCGCUGUGGGCUCCUCUCGCUCGGGUCGUACAGCGGUGCCAAGAGGAUGCAUGCGACAAAACAUCAGACACUUGUCAUCAUGUGGCAUAUUAAUGACAAGAACUCCCAGAGUGCUUUGCCUUCAAGACUGGGACACAAUGACAAUGGCUGUUCCUCAAAGCAGAAACUUCAUCAGCCUCACCAACAAAAGGAAGGAGUACUCGGAGCGUAGGAUACUUGGGUAUUCUAUGCAGGAGAUGUAUGAUGUGGUGGCCAAUGUCGAUGAUUACAAGCAUUUUGUGCCCUGGUGUAAGAAGUCCCAGACCAUCAUGAGAAGAGCAGGCCACUCCAAAGCUCAUCUUGAAGUGGGAUUCCCUCCAGUGGUGGAGAGAUACACAUCUAUGAUCACUAGUGUCCGACCCCAUCUAGUCAAAGCAGUGUGCACGGAUGGAAAGCUGUUCAAUCACCUGGAGACAAUAUGGCGCUUUAGUCCUGGCAUUCCUGGUUACCCUCGCACCUGCACAGUAGACUUUUCUAUAUCCUUUGAGUUCCGCUCUUUGCUGCACUCCCAGUUAGCCACCAUGUUCUUCGAUGAGGUUGUAAAGCAGAACGUUGCUGCGUUUGAGCGUCGAGCCUGUAAGCUCUACGGCCCAGAGACUCGUAUCCCCCGAGAGCUGAUGUUCCACGAGGUGCAUCAGACGUGAUCUCAACUGCUGUAUGUCCUCAUCUGGCCUUAAACCCAUAGCACCACACCAACCUUUAUUCCCUCUCUCCCCACCAACCUGCAUGAUGCUGCUUAGUCGCCCAUCCCUUCCGAGUCUUCACCGCUACACAGACGU